AUGAAUUAUGAACUGCGAAGCAUCCUGCGACCAGCGUAUGAAGAACACAUGUCCAGGCGUAACAUGCGACGAAUUUUGCCACGUACCGUACAUAAACCUCAGCAUACAGGCCUGGCUCACAGUGAAUUGGACAGGCUACUUAUUCUUUGGUUUGAUGUUCAUCAGAAUAAUACUGUGCUAACUGGUGAAGAAAAUAAUAAACUGAUAAUCAAUUACUAA